UAAACCAAUAUGGAUUGUAUUAGUAAUGUCACACUUUAAAUCAAAUGUCUUUUUAAUCAAUUGUUCAUAUAUUGGCCAACAAUUUUAAGAGAGAAACACGUACAGUAUUUGAUUUCCUAAUGUGUGUUAAUAUCGAUGCAAAUCGAUGUUACGGAGACAACUUGAAUGCUUUUAAUAUCGAUUAUUUCGCGAAAAUGAACUAUGGUAUUGCUAUGGUAAACAUUGACCUAAGAUUAAUAAGAGCUGUUCCUUGUUCAUGUUAACAAUCUCAUAAAAUCGUCAUGUUCCUCCGACCAAACUGACUUGAAUUGACCGGAACUCGUAAAUACGAAUAUCCGAGAAAGAUCAUUAUAGAGAAUGUCACAGUCGCUUCGUUGUACUUCCGUUCUAUAAAGUGCAUCAGAGAUCAGAUUGGAUCGGACCGGAUCAUCAGUGUUGAUCAGAGAUGCUCAUGUUUUAGAGGCAUCACGCAUCAGUUUCAGUGGGACUGAAAGGAAUGAGAUCAGGUCAUCAAUGUUUCACUGGGGCAAGUGGAAGAAGAGGAUGGGCGCCAACAGUUCGUCCAAGAGACCGGUGUACGACGACAAAGAGGAUGUGAAUUUCGAUCACUUCCAGAUUCUCCGAGCCAUCGGUAAGGGGAGCUUUGGGAAGGUGUGUAUUGUGCAGAAGCGGGACACAGAGAAGAUGUUUGCUAUGAAGUACAUGAACAAGCAGCAGUGCAUCGAGCGGGACGAGGUGCGGAACGUCUUCAGAGAGCUGGAGAUCUUACAGGAGAUUGAACAUGUGUUUUUAGUAAACCUCUGGUACUCGUUUCAGGAUGAGGAGGACAUGUUUAUGGUGGUGGAUCUGCUGUUAGGAGGAGACCUGCGGUAUCAUCUCCAGCAGAACGUUCAGUACACUGAAGAAGCUGUGAAAGUUUACCUGUGUGAGAUGACGCUGGCGCUGGACUACCUGCAGAGCCAACACAUCAUACACAGGGACAUCAAACCUGACAACAUUCUGCUGGAUGAACAAGGUCACGCACAUUUAACAGACUUCAACAUCGCUACGAUAAUAAAGGACGGGGAGCGAGCCACAGCUCUGGCGGGAACCAAACCUUACAUGGCUCCUGAAAUCUUCCAGUCGUUCGUGAGCGGAGGAAGCGGAUAUGCCUUUCAGGUGGACUGGUGGUCGUUGGGUGUGACCAUUUUUGAGGUUCUGCGAGGUUGGAGGCCGUAUGACAUUCACUCCAGUAAUUCUGUGGAGUCUCUGCUGCAGUUGUUCAGUACCGUCAGUGUUCAGUAUAGUUCAGCCUGGCACAAAGAUCUUGUGUCACUGCUGAGGAAGUUGUUGACGGUGAACCCCGAGCAUCGUUUCUGUGGUCUGGCUCAGAUGCAGACGGCUCUUUACCUCUCUGAUGUUAACUGGGACGAUGUUUAUGAGAAGAAACCGGAGCCGGGGUUUGUUCCCAAUAAAGGGCGUCUUCACUGCGACCCGACCUUUGAACUGGAAGAGAUGAUCCUGGAGUCUCGUCCUCUUCAUAAGAAGAAAAAGCGUCUGGCCAAAAACAGAUCGCGAGAUAACAGCAAAGAUUCUCAAUCUGAGAACGAGUAUCUUCAGGAGUGCCUUGAAGUGGUCCAGCAGGAGUUCAUGAUUUUCAACCGUGAAAAGUCUAAGCGUCGUCAGGAGGAGGAGAGUGUUAUAGGAGGUGAUGGAGAGGCAGCGGAGGCUGAUGAUGGAGAUCCAGACGCUGAAGGAGGAACAGAGGAUGAAGAGACCGAGCCUGAACCCGAGACCUCUAAACGGAGCAUGUGCGGCUCCGUCUGCUCGUCUCCAGGAAGCAGUUAGCAGCCGUCCCGUCGGCUCUCACCUCGCCUUUAAAAUCCCAGAGAGAACUCUGAGCGACUCAUCCUGAACCGCCGCAGGUGUAAAAAACAGUCUCUGUGUUGUGUGUCGCCUGUAGGUCGCUCUCUAGAAUAAGCGCAAACACUUCUAUGCAACGUGAUCUUGAGCAUGAUGUAAAUCGAGAUUUAAGAGGCUAUUGAACAUAUUAAGACCGUACGCUUGUAUGUGUGUGAUGAUAAUGAUGAUGAAACCUGGAGAAAGAGACAAUUGAAAGAAAGGACGGAGGUUUUUUCAGUUAUUUUUUAGAGAGAUUAUCAGGUUUAUGGUUCAGCAGUUUAGAAGCUUGUAAACCAAACGCUAAAUAAUUCUACAGAGUUAAUGGUGAACAUACUCAUUUUAAAAGAAUCUAAAGUUGUGGAAAAUACGAGAGCUUGGUGCCCUUACAAAAUAUAAAUAAGCUUCAGAUACUUUUUUAUUAAGUAUACCUAAGCAAAGUGUAUUUUAGGUACAUUUGAAUAUAUACUUUUCUAAACCCGACUUCAAGUUGUAAUAAAAUAGUACACUUACAAGUACAGUAGUAGUAUACUGAUAUUAGUAUACUUACUUCAUAAAGAACUAUACUUUAGUAUACUUAAUAAAAUAAACUUUGUACAUUCUAAUUUUUGAAAGGAUUCGCACAAAAUCAGUGAAACGAAAAUAACCGGAGGAGAAUGUUUUAUCUUUCCUUCCGCUAGUUCUCCUCUUGUAGCCUGAACUGAUUUACAUUUUCUUUCGAGGACUAUUAUUAACAUUAACUCAUCAUUUUUGCUGUAGUUUUUCGAAAAGAGAUUUAAAACAUUUGAUCUGCUAAAAGUUGUUGAUUCCAGACAGAUUGAUUAUGAGGAAUUGAGUGAGAAACAGUGUUAUUAGGAGGUCUUUGAGACAGUUUAAAGCUGUUAGUAGCUGUUUUUCUUUCAUCUUUCUCUCUGCUUGCUGCUUUCGGCAACACGUUUAUUGCCAAAUUACCUUUUCGACUGUUAAACUAAUUGUUCAACUUUUGUGGAGGGUUUGUUGUUGCACAUAGUCUUUACUCUUCUCUAUUGGACUCUAUCAGUUAAAGAUUGAUUUAAUAAUACUUGGGAUUGUGUUAACAUGGCUUCAGUCGUAGCAUUAGGAACAAUAGGAAUCAUUUAAGGUGGUAUUGUUAGUUUCAGCAGUGACAUCUGCGUGUAGCAUUCAGAACGCUGCAGUCAAUAUACUGAAGCAAAACACAUCAUCCACAGUUUUAUGUGGACUUGCUCACAUAACCCAGUGUCUAUAGAACAACUAUUAAGAUAAAUGAAGUAAUUGCUUACAGUAAGAGGUUUUAUGAAGCUCUGUCUUCACACAGUGGCGUUUCAAAUCUCUAUCCAAGUGUGCAGGCACAACUUGUAGGCAAAGACGCCAAAGCUUUUGUACCAUUUACAUAUACAUUAUAUAUAUAGAUGAGUGCCUGUGUGUGUGUGUGUGUGUGUGUGUGUGUGUGUGUGUGUGUGUGCGUGUGUGUGUGCGUGUGUGUUUGUGCACGCGCGCAUAGAGCCAAUAUAAACAUGUAACAUUUGUAAACAAGUGUUUAUUAUCAUAAGUAUGGAAUGUUUCUGAAAUCUUAUUAAAGCUGCAGUUAGUCUGAGAAACAGAAGCGGUGGAGAGAUCAAACUCCUGCAUGUUUCACUGUAUUCUGUACAUUUACACUGGAAGACUCUAUAAAACCGUCUGUGUGUAUGUGCGUUUGUGUGUGUGUGUGUGUGUGUGCGCGCGUGCGUGUGUGUGUGUGUGUGUGUUUGGACAAACGGUGAGACGUCUGCUCAAUGAACAUCUCUGUUCUUUUCCAUUGUUACUGUAUGUGGACAGCAUGACCUGUAGAACUAGAGUCUCUUUAACAUUUCGGCA